UCGUGAUUGGCGUCCGGUCCGACCCGGUCCCCUCGACACUUUCCAGCUAAAAGCUCGGAAGCCAAACUCAGACCGCCGCAAACAGCCAGUUCCUUCCGCCGUCGCCGCCGUCGCCGCCGGCUUCGCCCCCGAUUCCUCCGACCUCCGUCUUCCCCUCCCCCGAUGGCGCUCUCGAGCUCGCCGUCUCCUUCCGCCGCCCGAAGACCAGGGAGGUCCCUGGGGCUCCUCGCCAACGCGAGGAAGCACAAGCACAGCUUCAUCCAGUUCGCCGCCAUGACCGGGAUCCUCCUCCUAAGCCUCCGGUCGCUGGGCCAGAAGUACCGCAUCAACAACCUCCUGGAGGACACCUCCGCCCUCAGGGAGGAGCGGGAUUCGCUCGCCGACCGCAUGGGCAGCGUCAAGCGCGACCUCCGGCGGGAGGCGUCCCUGGACUCCACCGGGUUCCUGGCCGCGCGGCUCCGGCUCCUCUUCGGAGACGAGGAAUGAUGCGCGGUCUCAUUCAGUAUGCUUUGCAUUUCAUUGGAAGAGGUGUCAGCAGCAACCAAAUUCUUGUGGUUCAUUUAGCUCACAAGCUGCAACAGUUGAGAUAGUUUCUUUCUUAUUUGCAGAGUACUGAAUGAGGUGUUUAUUUUGAAAAAUACAUGAGUUCUUGUCUUGGAGAUAUGAUAAUGACUUUUGGAAAUAUCUCACACACGUAGGGAUAGUGCACUUGUAACCUGUCGAAGAUUGUUAAUAAGGUCCAUGUGUUGAUCAUCAGCAAGCAAACUGCAGCUAGUGUUGAUGAAGGAACUGGGAGUUAAUACCUCAAUUUACUGAUAUUAGUGUUUUAAGGAAAUGGUAGAAAGCUUCGAUAUGGUGGAGAAAAAGAAUGGAGAAAGCCCAAAAGAACAUGUUUAGUGUAGCCUUACUUGAUUAGCAUAAUGUCAUUGCUGCUUUCUAUUUUUCUGGCCUGGUGCUGCCUAUGGUUUUGGUUAUACUGAAGUAGGUAGACAUUUUUGUGGCUGUGACCAUGAGGGCUUGUCAGUGGACAUUUCACAAAUGUUUCGUGGGAAGUUUGGACCUGGCAUUGUGGCUGGUUCUCGGAUUGGUUUGAUCUCAAUCUCAUGCUCAUCUAGUAACUAGUGAAUCAUCAGCUAGCCAUUAUCCGAAGUCCCUUUGGUGGUUGGGAGAGUAACAGGGAAAUCUCUUCUUAGUCGUAUCUAUAAGAUUUUUGUAAACCUGGGUGUUCUGGCUCAAUGAAGCUGCUCGGCACAUUCUUGAAUUCCCUUGAGGAUGAUUUCCAAUGUUGGUCUUUACUUCCUUUGAGGCAUUAGUUCUUGAUGAAUCUCGGUCUGUGGACCAACUAGAAUAGGGAAAUUUGUAAUGAAUUGUUCAAUUGAUGAAGUGGAGCACAAGUAUCUAAUAUAGUCUUCUCGGUCCACUUUAGAUUCAA